AUGGGUUCCAUACAAGAGAACGAGGAGUCUAUCAACCUGAUAACUCGACUAUCGCAUCUCGCCCCCAGACUUGCCGACGACCAAGACCUCAAGGCAAAGAGAGAAUGUUUGCAGAUCAGCAAAGCGCUGACGGUCCAGUUGGACCAGCCAGAAAACAUUGCCGUCGACAUGGCUUUCUUGCCCAUGAUUGCUGCCAGUGCGCGAGUCGCCGUCGACAUUGACCUCUUCGCGCUCAUUGUGCAACAUGGACCUGUAACUUCGGCCAAACUCGCCGAUUUGUCCGGGGCCGAGGAGCUAUUGAUUAUUCGUAUCCUGCGACCUCUAUCCGCUAUUCACUUCGUUGAAGAAACCGCCAUCCGAACAUGGCAAGCAACGCGUAUCACGCAGGCCAUGGCCAAGGAGGAAAUCGCAGCGGGCCAUCGAAUGAUAUCCGCAUUGAUUGUACCGGCUAUACAGAGUGCUCCCGCCUAUUUUGCACGAGGCUACUCCUGCCCCGUUGACUCGAAAGACGGUCUAGUCCAGCAGGCCUUUCAAACCGAGGAGACAGCGUUCGAACGAAUCACGUCCUCGCCGUUUCUUCUGAAAGACUUCAAUCUGUUCAUGGGAAACACCAUGGGCGCCCGGAAAUACUGGGUGGACUGGUAUCCCGUGCAAGAACGGAUUUUGGACGGAGCGGACCCGAGCACAGCUAUGAUUGUGGAUGUCGGUGCAGGCAAAGGUCAUGACUUGGUCACGUAUCAGGAGAGAUUUCCGAAUACGGGACAGCUAGUACUGGAGGAUUUGAAAGCUGUAACGGAUACUUUGGACCUGGGUCUGACGAUUCAGAAGGUUCCGUAUGAUUUCUUCACGGAGCAGCCUGUUCUAGGUGCACGAGUCUAUUUCUACCAUCAUAUCCUACACGACUGGUCGGAUUGGUAUUGUCUGCAGAUUCUCAAUCGAGUGGCGGCGGCCAUGACGCCGGGGUACUCGAAACUUUUGUUGCAUGAGAUGCUCGUGUUGGAGCAAGGAGCGCCACAGUUUCAGGCCCAGCUAGAUAUGACGAUGAUGGCAUUUAAUUCGGGUAUGGAGCGGACUCGACAGCAGUGGCAGACGCUUCUAGAUGCGGCAGGUCUGAGGGUAGUCAAGUUUUGGGAUCCGGUCGACGAGGCCGGCGAUGGCAUCAUUGAGGCGAUAAAGAUAUGA